AUGACGAAUCCACUUUUAAAGUCCUCUGGAAGCUUCGAAUUCAAGCAUGUGAUUGGCGUUCCCAAUGAUGCAGAUUCUGAAAAUUGUCUCGAUUUUAACUAUUUGGAAAUUCCAUGGAAACUAACAGUCCACAAAAAAGUAUUUAAACUCGAUUUCAACUUGAUCUGCCUCAAUGAAUAUUUCCAGCAACUAAUUGGAGAAGUUCAGUUCUGUUUGGUGUCCUUUGAUGAUUCUGGUAUCAGAAGUGAAUGGAAAAAUGUUAACGUGGAAAUUUCAAGCCACAAUAAAAUGUCAAGUAGUAUCACAUGGAAUGAAUUAAAACAAUAUCAAAAAAACAAACAAUUAUGUAUAUUGUAUCGCAUCGAUCUUCUAGAAAAAGAAAUCGUGGUUCCGGAUAUAACACAAUUUUUUUAUAUUGACGACGAAACCAAGGAGGAUACAAUCGAUGAAUUACUGGUUGAUAAAAAAGAGGAACACAUCCAGACAGAAGUAAAUCAAUCAGACCCUCCAGAAAAUCUAACAACGUUUCUUCAAGAACUUCUAAUCGUGUCUAAUGAUAUGUCACAAAACAUGAACUGUCACUUUUGCGGACAAGGAAAAGUACCGUAUUCAUUGAAUCCUAUCAGCUUCAGCUGCACACAUAAGAAGUGCCGCGUUCGACGUACAUUCUCUCUCCACCAAUUGCUGAAAAUGAAAGAAAACUGGAUUGAGGGCACGUUUCCAGAACCGCCAACAAGUUUAUACAACACUCAAGAAAAGGAAAACGACGGUUCUACGAUUUCCGAGUUUCUCAUGGAGCAACUCGAGAAAAUUAACUGA